AUUUUUCUCUCAUGUCACCUCCCCUAAGUCCCUACAUCUACCAAUCACUGUAGAUGCUUUCCAAAGGACUGCCCAUCUAAAUUCCUGCUAAGUCGACCAAUCUCCUCAGUAAGUCUGAACAAGAGAAAACAGCUGAGUCAACUAAUCUCAUCAAGAGAAAACUUGCCCAACCCUUUUAGGUACCUAGCAUCCCAUUGUAUCAAUUCUAAAAACAGGCCUGGCUCAAAGAACUCCUUGCCUUAUUAUAAGCAUGGGUCCAAGUACUUUCAUUGCUUAGCAAGGAGUUUUCUCUCCUAAAGCAGUCUUAAGUACGGGUAGAGUAGGGGUCCUCCCAUAGCAAGGAGUUUUCUCCCCUAAAGCAGUCUUAAGUACGGUUGGAGUAGAGGUCCUCCCAUUUCUGAUCCUGGCGAGUUCUCACAUCAAAAUGGGGAAUGUUUCUCAGUAGGCAAUUUGUUCCAAUUAAGAAUUCCCUGAUGGGGAAAUUUUUAACAUUCACAAGUCUGAGAAAUUUCAAGAUUUACACACUGCCCAGCUAUGUGACCCUGGGCAAGUCACUGAACCCCCACUGCCUAUUCCUUAGCACUCUUCUGCCCUGGAAACAAUACUUAGUAUUGAUUCUAAGACAGAAGGUAAGGGUUUUAAAGAAACAAACAAAAAAAGAAUCUCCUUGCUGGGAGCAGGUCUGUGAGUAAGAAUGUGUAGUUGCCCUCUCAAUUUGACUUUUUUAGUUCCCAAUUUUGGGUUAACAUCAUCGAGUUGUGUCUGCAAGGCGAUGGGUACAAAUGUACUUUUGAGGCCCAGAAAUAAUUAGAGGGCAUGGCAAAAUCAGUGGCUGGCUGAGCUGCUGCAGACCUGCCUCAGCCUAGCUAAUGAUAUUUUUAAGCUCGAUGUGCUUAUGUAGUUGAUUAACAGUUCAAGCAGCCACAGACAGGAAGAGCAGUAACACUGGCUACAUCCUCUCCGGGUACGCUACAGCCCCACUGCUCACAAGAAGGAGUACAAGACAGGAACACGAAGACACAGGGCACCUGCUGCCAUCGUAGAAAGGCUGGACGGACGGACGUUUCUGAAUCCUCGGACUACGGCUCAGGGCCAAACUUUGCACCGUGUCACAUCUCGUUAGGGCAGAGGGCACAAUUUCCAUCCCUUCUCCAGACAUCUCCAGAUGUUCCACUUGGCUGGAGCCUUUUCUCCCCCAAUAAGAUGGUCAGUUAUUGGCUAGCUAGGACCUUGUUUCUGUCUCUAGUACAUUAAUGAUGGGCCUGCAGAAGACAUUCAAGAAAUUGUUUUUGAUUUAACAGAACUGGAAUCCCCUAAGCUGACUCAGACUUCAGGAAGUUAUUCUGAGUGCUAGGGCAGCAGGAAAUGAAAACAAGGCUGAAACAGGAACUUAAGUAGUAAGCCCUUUCUUACUCUAGAUCAGCAGCAGUAGCAGCAGCUACAGAACGAGCUCACGCUCCAGGAAGAAUCAAACCGUGAUCCCACAGAGAGAAACUUGUCCUUGGAGAUGUGGAAGUCAGUGGUGGGGCAUGAUGUGUCUGUUUCUGUGGAAACACAAGAAUGACAUCUCUGAAAAGGAGCAGCGAUGGGGAGCCAAGACCAUUGAGGGCAGUGGAAGAAAAGAACACAUCAAUAUCCACCAACUGCGGAACAAAGUGUCGGAAGAGCACGAUGUCCUCAAGAAAAAGGAGAUGGAAGCAGGGCCCAAAGCAUCCCAUGGGUACGGAGGCAGGUUUGGGGUGGAAAGAGACAGGAUGGACAAGAGUGCACUGGGCCAUGAGUAUGUUGCUGAUGUGGAGAAGCACUCAUCUCAGACUGAUGCUGCUAAAGGGUUUGGGGGGAAAUAUGGAGUUCAGAGAGACCGGGCAGAUAAGUCAGCUGUUGGGUUUGAUUACAAAGGAGAAGUGGAGAAACACACAUCUCAGAAAGAUUACUCCCGAGGCUUUGGUGGUCGCUAUGGCGUAGAGAAGGAUAAACUGGACAAGGCGGCUGUUGGAUAUGACUACAAGGGCGAGACAGAAAAGCACGAGUCCCAGACAGAUUAUGCCAAAGGCUUUGGUGGUCAAUAUGGGGUACAGAGGGACCGAGUAGACAAGUCAGCUGUCGGAUUUGAUUACAAAGGAGAAGUGGAGAAGCACACAUCUCAGAAAGAUUACUCCCGAGGCUUUGGUGGUCGCUAUGGCGUAGAGAAGGAUAAACUGGACAAGGCGGCUGUUGGAUAUGACUACAAGGGCGAGACAGAAAAGCAUGAGUCCCAGACAGAUUAUGCCAAAGGUUUUGGUGGUCAAUAUGGUGUUCAGAGGGACCGAGUAGACAAGAGUGCAGCCAGCUUCAAUGAAAUGGAAGCCCCUACUACAGCUUAUAAGAAAACCACACCUACAGAGGCUGCUUCUAGUGGGGCCCGUGGACUGAAGGCAAAAUUUGAAUCCAUAGCAGAAGAGCAACGACAAGAACAAAGAUUAGUGUCAAAGAAACCUGUAGUGCCUGCUUCACUCCCCAAGAGACUCCCUGCCCAGCCUCAGGUUGAGAGCUGCUUGCCCUCCAAGACAGCAACAAAGAAAGAGCUUCCUCCAGUGCCAGCCCUGCUCAUGAAGAGGACUCCUCCAGAGGACGAGGGGCCAGAUAAUGAGGAGCCCCCAGCUCUGCCCCCCAGGACUCCUGAUAGGUUCCAGACCCUGGAGGAGACAAUGCCAGAGCCAGAGCCAGAGCCAGAGCCAGAGCCAGAGCCAGAGCCAGAGCUGGAGCCUGAGAAUGACUAUGAGGAUGUGCUGGAGUUGGACAGACCAGACGUUGGUGGGGAUCAAGAGAAUGACUAUGAGGACAUUGCAGAGAGGGAUGAAGAAGAUACAGGGGAUGAUUAUGAGGACAUCCUGGAGCCUAAAGGGUCCUCAUUGCCUCCACCUUCCAAUGGCACUGCUGGCAGCAGGUCCGAGGCCGGAUCGACAGGGAUCUCGGCCAUCGCCGUGUAUGAUUACCAAGGAGAGGGCAGCGACGAGAUAUCCUUUGACCCAGACGAUACCAUCACGGACAUCGAAAUGAUCGACGAGGGCUGGUGGCGAGGACGUUGCCAUGGGCGUUUUGGCCUCUUUCCAGCAAAUUAUGUCCAGCUCCUUCAGUGACCCUCUCUGCCAUUAUAUUCCGAUUAGCCUCAAUCUCAUUAGCCUAGACCCUUUUUCUUUGCCUCAUCCUAGUCCCACCAGGAACGGCUACCCCUGCCUUGUGCUCUGCCUUGCACUAUCAAAUUAACAAGCCAUUAUUAAGUGCCUACUAUGUGCCAGGCACUGGGGACACGGAGGAAGAAGUGAAAUAGUGUCUGACCUCAAGGCGUUUACAAUCUAUCAGAGAGGGGAAAAUGGCCCAGCCAGAAUAUAUAUGUAAAUCAGUCUUUUCUGAUCUUCAGGCAGAUUCUCUGAUCCACUAAGAAGAUAGAAAAACAUUAUUUAAUAUUGCCUGGUCAGGGGCAGUGAGGAGACUCAGAGAGAAGAUGGGAGAUCCUGGGUUCAAAUUUGACCUCAGUUUCCAUAGCUGGGUGACCUUGGUGCAGUCACUUAACCCUUCAUUGCCUAGCCCUUAUUGCUUUUCUGCCUUGAAACCAAUAUUUAGUAUUGAAUCUAAGACGGAAGGUAAAGGUUAAACAAGAACUUGCCUGGCCGUCCCUCCUCUCCCCUCCCCUCAACUUCAGGUUACCUCUUCUUUCCCAGCACUCCUUUAGCUCAAUCCCAAGACAUUUUUGAUUUCCUAAUCCAAAUUCAGUGGCCCUUGUUCAGGGGAUCCUGAGAUGGCAAUUGCUAGUGUGUCCCUUCCCUUCCCUUCCAUGGUUUCCUCAUUGAAACUGCUGUUUGGAGUUGGAAAUAAAGUGACUGGUUUUUUUUUGUCUUA